AUGAUGUUUGCCAUGGUUGAAUGUCUAGAAUUGAAGAACAUUGAAAGAGUCAAUAAGAUGAAUAUGAAGGAACAUGUGGAUCGUUUACUGGUUGUAUCAACAUAUACCAAAACAGUGCUUAUACUCGUUGCAGUACAAAUAUCAUUAACAUUUGUGAUCAUAAUGCUCACAUCAUUACUUAGGGAAAAUGUUCAAAACAACUGGCAAUUGAUAUCGCCCAUUAUUGCUGGUUUAUUCCUUUUGAUCGCAAUUGUGAUAGCAAUAUUGGUUGCUUUCGCGAAGAAGAUAAAUGAGAAUUAUCCACUGAAUGUCGCGCUUGCAGUUGUUUUC